ACGUCAAUUAAGUGAACAUUGUUCUACACGACGCCUACGAGUCAAAAGUCAAGAUUAAUUGAGUUAAGUCACGCAUUAGUUAUUUAAAUUUCUUCGUUUUGAAACAAAACCUCUCUAACGGUCACAGAUGAGAGAAGCGUUCUUGCAGUAAGCGCAUGGCUUAGUAAUGGCGCCACGUUUUGGUCGAUAAUGGUUGAAAACCCCAAAGAAAGCUUAACAUAAGAAAGAACUAUGUGGAGAGAAGUCAUUCCGAAAUAAUUUGGUUGUUUAAAUGUUACAAGAAAGUAGUAUUAGUUCGGGAACUGUUUCCUGACUUAAAUACGUUUGAGAUAUGUCAGCCAUAGCAUGGAUUAUCUCUGUGGCAGCAUUUUGUAUCCUUGUGAUAUGCAUCGCUGUUUAUUUGAUGGUAAAGUGGUACAAACWCAACCGUUUAGAGASGAAGAAGAAGGKAGARGAUUAUCAUCGMAGUGCGUCAGAGCCUGCCCUACUUGAAAGAAAAGGAGUCUCACUCCGUCUAUCUGAUUCCACUAGYCCACCAUUUUCCCCUGGAACCGUUCGUGAAGUACACGURCARCCGAGACCAGGMCGGAAAUUCUCCGAGCCCGAACGGUUCCGAAAAUAUUCCGAGCCUCCCCCGUAUCGUAAGUACUCAGAUGUUUUAUCGUACAAAGAACGGACACGAACAGUGUCCGAAUCAACGAUGUCUGGACCUGSGACUCCUCUUGGUAACCUGGAUCCAGAGAUGUAUACAUUUUUUGAGGAGAUCGAAGACCCCUUUGAAAAAGAAGCACUCAGCUCAUCUAAUCUYGGUAAAGUACAAUUCGUCGUCGAAUUCGACUCACAUCGCCAUGUUUUGCUAGUGAGACUGGUGCAAGCUUUCAGCUUGUUGGUUCCAAUAAGCGUGCUCGAGGACGCUGACCAGCCCUGCAAUCCGUACGCUAUAAUACAGCUACUGCCGGACUUCGAUAACCAACUACAGUCAAAUGUACAACGAAAGACGACAGACCCACGGUUUGACGAGACGUUUGAGUUUGACAUCAACAAGAAAAGUCUACAGCAGCAAUCGCUGAUCAUCACAUUGCUCUCGUUUGGAACGUUUUCAAAACAUGACCUAAUAGGGCAAGUCGUAGUUCCGUUACAAGAGAUAAAUUUGACAAAGCCAAACAUAUUUUUAAAAGAUUUACAGCCCAGUAAAAAGGAAUUAGAGCUGGGUGAAAUACUUAUCUCACUAGGUUUCUUGAAGUCUGCAGAAAGAAUAACGCUAGCUGUCAUUAAGGCUCGUAAUUUACCUGCUGUCAAUAUAAAAAGCACAGACCCCUAUGUCAAAGUGACUUUAUUACAAGACGGUAAGCGUUUAAAGAAGAAAAAGACCUCCACAAAGAAAGGGGAUUUGAACCCAACCUUCAACGAGGCAAUCUCUUUUGACAUGACCGCUGAUCAGUUGGACAGCGUUGAUCUCUUGAUCUCAGUCAUGCAUGGCAAUGACAUCAUUGGCUCCGUUCUGAUUGGCUGCAACUCUACGGGCAACGAAUUGAAACUAUGGCAACGUAUGCACAACUGGGACAGGCCUAUCCCACACUGGAGUAAACUACAAGACCCUGAUAGAUACUAGCGAUGAUUUUUCUGCUUGUUUUGGGAUUCCUGUGUUUGAGUUCCUGUUCAUGGACACUAUUUAAGAUGGACGCAUGAACAUUAUCAACGGGGGGAGGGUGGGGGCUCGUUAUUUCUCGUUAUUCAUGAUCGCCGGAAGUAUAAAACAGAUAGUUGGAUUUGAAAUAGUGGCCAUUCCAGCGAGGGCAGAUGAAGCCAAUUUCGCCUUUGAAUUUACUUUUAAUUUACUUAAAAGUACUAUUUGAUCAAAAUUAUAUUUUUUGAACUCGAUACUUUUUCAAGAGUUUGUACAGUACUUUAUACUGAAGAUACUUAUUUCAUUAUUUGUAAAAGUAAACAGUGUUUUUUAAUAAGGGGAAACUUGAUGGCAGAAUAAAGGUGGUUAUGGUUUGUUAAAA